AACGAUUUUGGUUGCGCAGAAAAAAUGAUUUUCUUGAAAAUUUGUGUGCUUUUACUCUUCAUUGAUUUUGGAUUUGGUUAUAUUAUACGAAUAGGUGAUUCGGACGAAGAAAUUGUUGAUGGGUGGCAUUUGUAUCUUCGUGGAGCGUAUUCAAAAAAUUUAUAUGUAUGUGAAGGCAUAUUUAUUCAUGGACAAAUUUUUUUAACUGAUCCUUAUUGUAUUCAUAGCAUUAUAAAGCAAUACGCAAUAAACGAAGUCUUUAUCAGUAACUCUCCAGACAAAUCCAGUACACGUAUUCCCGUAGAUUUGAAAGCUAAUUUAUAUUAUAACGAGAAUUUAAGUAAUGGUUACGACGAAUCUAGGAGGCAAACUGUGUUUAUAGUAACUAAGGAACAAAUUGUUAUUAAUCAUGACCAUGAAGAAUUCAUAGAGCUUCCGAAAAAUGUAAAGGAUGUUGAUUUUUCAAGCUGUUUUCUCCGAGAACAUGGCAAAUAUGUUGCAUCUGUCAGUCCUUGUUCGGUUGAAGAUCAUAACAAUGUCAUAAUUUGUAGUUACAAUUCUCACGUAAGUGUGGGAGCUUUAGUAAUAUGUCGUUUAAAAGAUCAUCCUAUGACACUAGUUCUAGUUGGUAUUUCGUCUCAACACAAAUUUUUGAAAAAUAACGGCACUAAAUCAUCAAUAGAGCUUGAAAACUACUGGAGUGUUGUAACCGCACUUUAA